GCCCGGGACGCUGAAUGCGGCGAGGCGAUCCAGCGGCGCGGAGCGGGCUCCGACUGCGUCAUGCCGGGUCCGGGGCGGCGCGUUCCCGCCACAGCGCUUCCUGCACUGGUGCAUGGCGGUCGCACGGAGGAAUUGUUGGAAAAAAAAGCAGGGUCAACAGGAGCUGAGUGGAAAGAAUCCCUGCUCUAGUGGCUGUCAUCUGCCCCUCCAAGUUCUAUUGAUGAGCCAGGCUGAAUGGCCUGUCGUCAGCAAUGUCUGCGGAUCUGCCUGGCUCAGGAACAGGACUACCGAGACUGGUUGACUUGAUUCUGACCUUCUGUUGCCAAGCAUGUCACCUUAGCUUUACUGGUCUUGUCAAAGUAUAUCUGUCCUUUGAGGAUUGAUUGCAGCAAAGAGAACUCAAAGGUUGAGGUGAAUUUGGAUAUACACUAAACAAUGGAAAGUCUGAGCCUACAGGCAGUGACCCUUACAGAUGGCUCGACAGCCUACAUUCAGCACACACUGAAAGAUGCAAAGUUGGUUGAAGGGCAGACUAUUCAUCUGGAAGAUGGUACGACAGCCUACAUCCAACAAGUCACAGUGCAAAAAGGUGACUCUCUGCCUUUUGAAGACGGUCAGGCAGUACAGCUUGAGGAUGGCAGCACUGCUUACAUUCAUCACACCCAGAAAGAUGAAUUUGACCCAGAUGCAGUACAAGCUGUGCAAUUGGAGGAUGGUACAACAGCUUAUAUCCACCACCCAGUUUCGAUGCAGGGUUCCAACACUAUCCUAGCUGUACAAACAGAGGCGGGUUUGGAGACGCUACAAGCAGCAACAGAUGGCACAGUUGCUCACGAGACUAUUGGUGCUCUUGAGCAUUAUGCCAAUAAGGUAUCUGAAGAAGAUGAAGGUGUCAGCAGUACCACUGGAUUACCCUCAGAUAUGAACAAAGAUAAACCUAUGCAGCGGGUCAUUGAUGGUGAAAUGCGGCUCAGCAAAGGCCAGCAAGUUGGGGAAAAGGCAUUCCGCUGUGGGUUUGAGGACUGUGGCCGCCUAUACACAACUGCACAUCAUCUGAAGGUUCAUGAAAGAGCUCAUACUGGAGACCGGCCGUACAGGUGUGAGCAACCAGGCUGUGGGAAAGCAUUUGCUACAGGUUACGGAUUGAAAAGUCACACCAGAACACACACGGGAGAGAAACCGUACAAAUGCCCUGAAGACAUAUGCAAUAAAGCAUUCAAAACAUCAGGAGACUUACAGAAGCACAUUAGAACCCACACAGGAGAACGACCUUUUAAGUGUCCAUUUGAAGGCUGCGGUCGCUCUUUUACCACAUCCAAUAUCCGCAAGGUUCACAUCAGGACGCACACAGGGGAGAGACCGUACAUCUGCUCUGAGCGAGGCUGUGGCCGAGGAUUCGCCAGCGCCACAAACUACAAAAACCACAUGAGAAUUCACACAGGAGAGAAACCCUAUGUGUGUACAGUGCCAGGCUGUGGGAAACGCUUCACAGAAUAUUCCAGUUUGUAUAAGCACAAUGUGGUCCACACACAUUUCAAGCCAUAUAACUGUAACCACUGUGGAAAGACGUACAGGCAAACAUCCACGCUAGCUAUGCACAAGCGCACCGCCCACGGUGAGAUGGACGCAACAGAAGAAAGUGAGCAGGCCUUGUUUGACCAGCAACAAACUGCAAUUAUGGAACCCCCAGUGAAUCGACCACGCAUUACGUACCUGUCAGGGGUAGAAGGUGAUGAUGGAAUUCCUACUCAGGUUACUAUGGUAACUCAAGAUGGAAUUGGAUCUCAAGUAGCGCUUAUAUCACAGGAUGGAAGUCAACAGUAUUCGUCGCAGGUAAACCUGUCGCAGGCCGACCUCCAGGCCCUGGGGACAGCUAUCACUAUGGUCACUCAAGACGGCACCACGAUUGCCGUACCAACACAUGAAGUCACAGGGUCUUCGGGCGCUCACACAGUUACCAUGGUUACGUCAGAUGGCACAGAAGCACAACAGGUUGCGAUUGUGACGUCUGAUGGGAUGGUGACCGGAGAUUCAGCCUUAGCCGCUCUUCACGCAGCAGAGGUUGUGCAGCACCAUCAGCAAGUGGCAUUGGUAGCCACCGCUAAUGGGACACAGAUAGCAGUACAGUUGGAGGAACAGCAGACAUUGGAGGAGGCCAUCGGCAUGGCGGCAGCAGCAAUCCAGCAUGAAGAGCUGACACAGGAAAUGGUCAUGGCGGACAGUGGCCAGUGAGAUCGGGGACCAGGAAACGAGGGAAACAUAGAGAAAGAGCCUAGAACUGUCCAAUAAAAUCCUGGGAACCAAACCGAAACUACUCACAGACUAAAUCAGUCUAUUCUCAGGACUAACAAUUUACUGUGUGUAUGUUAUCUCAACUCAGGUUAUUUUAAAUAAAUGGUAAGGAUUUUGUCCAAGACAGAGAGUUUUAGUGCUGCUGUGCUGAUCUAUAGACGCGUGGAUCCCCUUGUACAGUAUGAGAUUAUAGUUUUAUUGAAAUUUCCCAUAGUGUUGCUUUUUUUUAAGAUGAAAUGUUUACUAAAAGUGGUGUGGGGUUGGGUUCUGUGCCGAGCUGGAGGAAGGAACGGGCUGGGCGUUUAAUGUCAAUCAGUGACAGAUUUGCAUAUGUACGUGCUGUAUUUAAAGACCAGCAUUUGAUGCUAUAUGAAACUGUAUAUUAUAAUAAAUCUGAAAAACCACACACUAUUCUUGACCUA